AUGGCCGAUCUUGCACUGGGUGGCCUGGAGAGGAUCGUCAAAGCUGGCCUGAAGAUCAAGAAGGCGGUGGAGACAGUCCACCAGAACAAGAAGGGGUGUAGAGACGUCCAAACGUGCGUGGCCAGAGUCACUGCUCUCUUGUCGUGGCUAAAAGAGGGCGCAAUGAUGCACCACCCAUCAUUUACGGGGCCACUGGAUGAUCUAGCGGAAAGCAUGGAGGAGGCCCUGGAGCUCAUCACGGACUGCCAGCAGAGAAGCGCCUUGCGCCAUCUGUUGGGGGCUAGGGACAUGGCCAAGCAGUUGUGUCGGGUGCAAGAAGAUAUACACAACAAACUGACGACGGUGAUGUUGGCCACCAAUAUCCUCAACCUCAAGAUCAGCGUUUCUGUGACAAACACUCUUCAUUACGUCGGCGCUCAUCCUCCACUCCUACUGCCACAGGCAUGUGUAAUCUCCUCACUUCACCUCGGCACACACUGCACUAGUUCCAAUCGAGUGUUUCGUUGUUGUGUAAAUAAGGUGCUAGGAUGCUGGAAGGCUGAAUUCAAAUAUGAGUCAUUCAACUACGGAUGGUAUCAGGUGCCAAACUUGAAAGUGUAA